AUCGCAGCUCGCAUGGGGGAGUCUAUCCCGCUGGCCGCCCCGGUCCCGGUGGAACAGGCGGUGCUGGAGACGUUCUUCUCUCACCUGGGUAUCUUCUCUUACGACAAGGCCAAGGACAAUGUGGACAAGGAGCGAGAAGCCAACAAGAGCGCGGGGGGCAGCUGGCUGUCGCUGCUGGCGGCCUUGGCCCACCUGGCCGCGGCCGAGAAGGUCUAUCACAGCCUCACCUACCUGGGGCAAAAACUAGGGGGCCAGUCCUUCUUCAGCAGGAAGGAUUCCAUCCGCACCAUCUACACUUCCCUGCACAACGAGCUGAAGAAGGUGGCGACUGGCCGCGGUGCACUAGGUGGGACCGCCCCUCACGUGGAAGAACUGCUUUCCCACCUGUCAGAGCAGCUCUGCUUCUUCGUUCAGGCCCGGAUGGAGAUCGCAGACUUCUACGAGAAGAUGUACACCCUCAGCCCGCAGAAGUUCCUCAAUGCUGAAGAGCUCGUUGGCCUCUUGGACACCAUCCUCAGGAAGUACAGCUCCAGAUUUCACCACCCCAUCCUCAGUCCUUUGGAAAGCAGUUUCCAGCUGGAAGUCGACGUCCUGAGUCAUCUCCUGAAGGCCCAGGCUCAGGUCUCCGAGUGGAAGUUCCUCCCGUCUCUGGUGAACUUGCACAGUGCUCACACCAAGCUGCAGACUUGGGGCCAGAUCUUUGAAAAGCAGCGGGAGACCAAGAAACAUCUGUUUGGAGGGCAGUCUCAGAAGGCCGUUCAGCCCCCACACCUUUUCCUUUGGCUGAUGAAACUCAAAAACAUGCUUCUUGCCAAGUUUAGCUUUUACUUUCACGAGGCAUUGAGCCGACAAACGACUCCUUCAGAAAUGAAAACGUUGACUGCAAAAGCCAACCCAGACUUCUUUGGGAAGAUUUCCAGCUUCAUCAGGAAGUAUGAUGCUGCCAAUGUGUCCUUAAUCUUUGACAACCGAGGUUCCGAGAGCUUUCAGGGUCACGGCUAUCACCACCCCCAUUCCUACAGAGAGGCCCCUAAGGGUGUGGACCAGUAUCCAGCUGUGGUGUCUCUGCCCAGCGACAGGCCGGUCAUGCACUGGCCCAAUGUCAUCAUGAUCAUGACAGACCGCAUGUCCGACCUGAACAGCUUGGAGAAAGUGGUCCACUUCUAUGAUGACAAAGUUCAGAGCACCUACUUCCUAACCCGCCCAGAACCUCACUUUACCAUUGUUGUCAUCUUUGAGUCAAAGAAAUCUGAAAGAGACUCCCACUUUAUUUCCUUCCUCAAUGAGCUCUCACUUGCCCUUAAGAACCCCAAAGUUUUUGCAAGUCUGAAACCUGGCUCCAAAGGCUAGCAGGUGAUUUGUGGGAAAGGUUUUCAAGACUGGAAAUUGUGUUCUUACUUGCUCUGAUGAUCUACUGUGGUCUAUGAUUAGAGUUUCCAUUUAUUCAUGCUUCUCCCAGAGCUAAAUUAGAGACAGAUCCUCCCUAAUUGUGUCGCACACUUUAUAAGCAAUUAAGGCCAAUUGAAUUAAGUAUCCAAAGAGUAAUCUAGGAAGUGAUCAUGACUACUGUGUAUAACCAUGGUACAGCGAAGUACUUUCAGUACUUUCUCCUAUUUUCCUGUAUUUCACGUAGACUGAAUAUUUAUUAGCCUUUGAUUUUUCUUUCCACAUGUUUUAUAUUGUUCUAAACUUUCUGUUUUAAUGCAAUUCCAAAUGCUUUCUCCUUUCCCUUCCUUCCGGGAUGAGUAAUUGGGAUAAGAUAUUAAAUGGCCUUUUCAGAAUCAAGGACUGUACGUUUUCUAUCUCAUAAAUUAGCAAAGUUAACAUAAAAUUAUUUUAUGAUUCUCAUCAACAAAUUAAUAUUUUGGAUGCCAAAGCUAGUGUCUUGGUGAAAAAUAGCCAUCAGUUAUUGAAAUUAAAGGUGAACCAGAGUGGUCCCAUAACAUCAGGUGUUUAACAGUUCAGAAGAUCUGUAGAAACUUUAAUAGUCAUGCGCUCUUUUUUGGGAUGAUCUACACACCUAACUGCAUUUCUUCUUACCCUUGAAAAGUUUGAAUUUUUCAUUCUGUUUGAAAGUUAGCAGAAGCCAUUAUGUGGGGUUUCUUCAUUCUUCAGUAUAUUAUCUGCUUGGCUUUCUGUUUAUCACCUUUCUGCUGAAAGGCAUGUUCAUGUUUGACUCCACUCUCUGCUUCCUCUUCGGCUGGAAAAGCAUGUAGUCUUAGUUUUUCGUCCAUUUUUAGACAUUCAUGCAACUCAGCCUGCUUUUAUAAUGUCAAAAUGUUGGUCUUGAUACCUUGUGCUUGCUAAAAAUCAGUUGUGUGUGCCAAAGACCUCUUCAUAGUUGAAUAAUCAGAUGAGUACUUAAGCACAUCAGAACUUGAGUUUCAUGCCUGUCUCCUCCAAAUUAUUUUUAGAAGCGGUGAUGUCUCUUAACACAUGCUGCCUUCACACUUUCCUUCCGCAGGUGUUCCUGGGGUAGUAGAUGGACCCCUAAAGGUAUAAUGGGCCGUGGAGGACUUCACUUCUAGGUUAUUGAUUACGAAUAAAAAUAAGCCACAAAGAGUAAUUGAGUUGUUACUAUCUGAUAGUUCCUUCAAAACUUGUGUGUGACAUAAUCGGAUCAGUCCUGUUUCUCACGAUGGCACGGAGCCACGGUUUUACUGGGCCGCCACAGCAGGCAAGCUGGCAACAUGGGCAGAGCCACUCCCAGUCUGUGCCAGGAGGCCAGCCCACCUUGGUUGGGACUACCUGGUGGAAGGACCUACUGGCCCAUUUCCUUUCCUUUUCCUUUUCCUUUCCUUUCCUUCUCUUUUCUUUCUUUUCUUUUUUCUUCUCUUUUUUCUUUCUUUUCUUUUGCUUUUUUCAAAAUAAAAGUCCUACGAUUUAUAAAAAGCCAGUUUGCUUUAAAUAGAAAGCAGCGAUUGACUCCUGCACUUUAUUCACUCUGGUCAUAUAAAAAUCCGAACAACACUGAACUUUUAUAAAAAAACUGGAAAGAAUUAGAACUAAAAAUUCAAAUCAUUUUUCUUCCCUUUUGUAUUUUUCCGGGAAAGUGAAAAAUAUUCCUUGGUGUUCACGUAUUUUUUUUUUUUCUAGAAAACAAUCACCAUUAGCCUUAAUGAAAUGAUCCCCAUGUACCUAAAGAAAUAUGCUUCAGUGGAACUUGGAGAAGAGUGUAAAUAAAACAGACAAUAUGAUAUUUAAAUAACCAGUCCUUGCCUGGGAAAUGUAUAUUUCCUAUGUAUUUGAAAUGUAUAUUUAUUUUUAAACAUAUUUUGGUUCAAGCCAAGAAACAAAGUGAUUCUACUCUGAGACUUGUCCUCUUAAAUCAGUAAUGAGAUGAUCUGUAAAGUCUGUGUUUUGGUAUAGGGAAGAGUAAAUCCGCAUAUUCUCUGAGGACUGUUUACUUGGAAAUUGUUUCUGGGGUGCCUGGGUGGCUCAGUUGGUUGAGAGUCUGACUUUGGCUCAGGUGGUGAUCUCACAGUUCGUGAGAUCCAGCCGCAUGUCAGGCUCUGUGCUGACAGCUCAGAGCCUGGAGCCUGCUUCGGGUUCUGUGUCUCCCUCUCUCUCUGCCCCUCCCCCCUGCUCAAAAAUAAACAUUAAAAAAAAAUUAAAUUGUUUCUAAACCACAACUUGAUCAGUUUUUAUGCAUAACCAGGAGUGUGGUCAACACUUACUGAGUUUGCCAACAAGCCCAUCAAGGAGUGUUCAUUUUUCGAUGUUGUUUGGACACAGGGUGAACAUUCACAGCUUUGUCCUCUUGGGUCCAACCUGGUAUCUGACUAUAUCAGUUCAGGGUUUUAGGGAGUGUGUGAAAAUACAGCCAUUGCCCCUUAUAAACAGCUUUGCUUACCUCGGUCUCAUUUAUCCAUGGUCACCCGAGGUCUGGAAGCUGAAAGCCAAUUCCUCCUCCUGACGAAUCAUCAGGAAGUCAGUAGCAGCCUACUGCUACCUCACAAAGCCUGUGUCAUUCACCUCACUUUAUCUCAUGGCGUCAGUAUCGUAUCAUCUCCCAUCAUCAGAGAAGGGUGAGGACAGCACAAUCAGAUUUUUAGAGACAGAGCCCACAUUCACAUAACUUGCAUUACAGUACAAUGUUAUAACUGCUCUAUUUUAUUACUGGUGUUAAUUUCUUACUGCGCCAACUUGUAAAUUAAACUUUAUCAUAAGUAUGUAUGUAUAGAGAAAACCAUAGUAUAUACAGAGCUUGGUACUGUAUACAGUUUCAGGUGUCUGUUGGGUGUCUUCAGCGUACUUCUUGCAGAUAAGGGGGACUACUGCACAGCUUCUUAACUAAGGAUUCAAUACUCCCGAUAUUGCUUUGUAUAUUUCAACACAUUGUAGAAAAUUCACUUACAAGAAAGAAAACGGUUGGUAACUCACCACACUCCCGUAGAGUCACUCAUAUGAUCUGUAAAAUGCAUCCACCUUUUGAUCGAGCAGCAAACUUGGCUUUUGUUUUUUCUUUCUUUUUUUUGCUUGUCGGCCUCUGGGCUUACUUCCUUAUCUGUAAAAUGGGGAUAAGAACAUAUGGGCUGCCUUUUUCAAAGGAUAUAUAAGAAUGGAAUGACAUCAUGCAUGUAAAAAAGGCUUUGGAGCUUACUUGGGUUUGAAAGCUGUAUAAAUAAAAGACGGACCAUUCUUUCCUUAAACUCA